GUUCACCGCACACUUUUUUUUUUACUAUCAUUCAGCAUGGGUCGCAGUGGAAGAAAUUCGCCUACCAGCAGCAAGCUGCAGACACCAAAGCAGACUAGUCUCAGCAAGUUUUUCGGUCCGCGCAAGCAGUCUGAGAUAGCAGAAGGCGCUCAGGACGGCAUUGAGCAGCAGAAACCAGCCAAACGCGGGCGCGGCGCUAGCCCGACGCCAGCUGCUGAGCAAGAUCCUGCUGCAGACGAUGGACCAGCACCAGCACUUUCGCUUGGCGUGGUCGCCCCCGAAAGGGAUGACGCCAGUAAACGGCCCAUAGGACGGCCAAGAGGCAGCAAGACUAAGCCCAAGGGGCAAGCAGCAGCUGAUAAUGAGCAGGAGGAGCCGGUUCCUAGUGGUCGGCCCCGCGGCAGACCCAAGGGCAAGGCACAUUCUGAGAUUCGGAUCGCCCGAGGAACCGAGUACCUCAGCAGCAUCAGCAGCCAACAACAGCGGCAGAAGCAUCAACGCUGCCACCACAGGAAAACUGUGACUAGCGUAGAUGGUACGCGUCGUCCCAGUGUAGGAGUGGCAGCCGAAUCAGCAGGUAGCACCGAUAUUGGUGCUCCACGUCGUCGUGGUCGCCCACCAAAGAAUGGCUCUGUAUCAGCUGGACCAGCACCAGCAGCAAGUGCAGCACCUGAAACAAGCUACAAGCACCACCAGCGAUUGCACCGCGCCGUCGCGGUCGUCCACCCAAGAAUGCAGCAGCACCGGCCCAGCCCACAGUCGAUGAACUGCUCAACUCCCAUGCUGCCCAGACAAGAAAGGAGUCGCAGCCGCCGUUCAGUGGCCCAGAUCAACUAUGCUGAGCAGAUCGAUCCGUCGAUUUCUGUUCUUCAACACGAGGAGAAAGAGGAUUUGGACGAGCUAGAGGACCUCGGUGAGCCGGACGAAUCUGACGCACUGAGACACAUUAAACAGGUCACUGAGUGGGACGGCCCGAAGCCCAAAGACCAUGGUCCGAACCCUACCCGGAUCGAUCGUUCGCCUCCCAAGUCACAUCUGCCGCCAUUUCUAAACGAUCCAGAUGACACCAGUGCGUCAGAGAACAGCGCGCUUGACAUCCGCAUGCUAAACGCGAACGCGCAGGCACUCGAGAACGGCAUGGCGGAGCCCUUGGCAUGCGACACGCGCGGGUGGGCGAUAAAUGCUGGCAUAUCGGUGUGGUCAAUCGACUGGGUGCCAGUAGCAGAGGGUGUCAAGCCAAAGCACGAUUUUGUUACCGAGAACAUGAAGUAUCUGAACAGCAGCAAGGAAGUGAUGCCUGCGCCCGGGUCGAUACAAAUUUGGCGCCUGGACACCGAGGGGUCCGAGUGCCUGCUCGAUAUGGCUCUGGUGCACAAUUUUGGCCGGUGCAUCUCGCUCAAGUGGUGCCCGAUCUCGAUGCCCGAGGAUUCGGGUGGCGAGGGUCUUGCUGUUCGAGGAUACCUGGCGGCAAUCUUUGGCGACGGGUAUUUACGGGUGUGCGGCAUUCCGGCGUCUGAAGCGCUCCGGGCAGCGGCUGGGGUUGGUGAGGGCGAGCCACGGAGUGUGCUGGAAACAAGAUGGGUGCAUGGAAUAUUUACCAGCAUGGACUGGGUUGGCAGCAGUGUGGUGAUGGCAGGCACAUCGAGUGGCCAUUUAACGUUGUGGUCGCUGGCCGAGUCCAUCUCUGUGCAGCGGCGCGUUCUCGGCCAUCAAUGGCCGGGCCAUCAGAUGAAGCUGUUCCCCAUGAUAGCGGCCAAGCUCCAUCAAAGCGCAGUCCUCUCUGCAGUGCCCAUGUUCGAUGACAUAACCUGUCCCCAACAGGAAUCCGGGUUUAGGCAAAUCGGGCCGCGAAACGUCCAGGUGCUCACUGUUGGCAACGAUGGACGGAUGAAGCAGAUAUGCUUGGCAUUCCCGCUGCGCUACACGAACCCGCUGGCGUGCCAUCCGGGGCACCCCCGAUGCCUUAUCUGGCUGCACGAAACCGCCAGUCUAGUGAUGAGCGACCCAGACAACAUUCUUCGCGUGAUAUCCCCCGAUAUAUCGCCCAACGGCAACGACCCCUGGAUGCUGUCGUGCCUGCACCAGCCGCCACGCGACCAGCCACCUGGCAGGGCGCUGGGCGGGCGGCGCGGCGACCAGCCCGUGCACUGGAACGACAACUACGACUGCAGCACGUUCCUCUGCAUGAAGGUGGACGGCAAAGUGCUGAUGGCGCAAGCAUCCGAGUUCCACACAUACUACGGCGCUGUGGCCGAGGGUGGCGAUCUGAUGGUGCAAAACUACGGGUGGCUGCUGCCUGCCAAGAAGAUCCCGCCUCUGUACCGCCGGAUUUACCGCCUGCUGUGGGAGUACGAUGAUAUUGAUGUUGAGAUGGAUGGCGACGUCACUGGUGACAAGGAGACGCCAGGGAUCAGUGGACGGCCUGUGUGUGUGGGCCGGCAGCCGGUGCAGGCCCGAGCCCACAAGCCUGGUGGCGGCACGAAGCAGGUAAACAUCUUCCCGCCGCAAAUUGCCGUGCAGGUGUGUGCGUGGUCGAGGAACAGAAGUUCGUCGUCGUGGAUUGCCAGUGGAGGAGCCGGUGGGCUCGUGCGAAUCGAAGACGUCUCACCCUGAGCUG